CGCGGGCAGCGCCCCUUCGAGUGGUACGGGGCCUUCCCGGAGCUCUGCCCCGUCCUGCACAAGUAUGUCCGGCCACGCGAUAAGGUUCUGGUGGUGGGCUGUGGGAACUCGGAGCUGAGUGAGCAGAUGUACGACGUGGGGAUGUGCCAGGACAUUGUGAACAUCGACAUCAAUGACACAGUGAUCCAUCAAAUGCAAGAGCGGAGCAGGAGCAAGAGGCCGAAGAUGAACUACCUAUUGAUGGACGUGCUUCAGAUGGACUUCCCUGAUGCUCACUUUCAGGUGGUCCUGGAUAAAGGCACGCUGGAUGCCAUCCUCACCGAUGAAGAGGAGGCCACUCUAGACAAGGUGCACAAGAUGUUUCGUGAGAUCAGCCGGGUCUUGCAGGUAGGUGGGCGCUACCUCUGUGUUUCCUUGGCUCAAGCCCAUGUGCUGAAGAAAGCAGUGGAAUACUUCUUCCAGGAGGGCUGGGUCGUGCGUGUCCAUCAGGUGGCUGGCAGUGGGGACAAGCAGCAGUUUGUUCUACCAGUCUUCAUCUACGUCAUGACAAAGUUCAGGAAGAUCACUGGCUCGGCACCACAGAUCCUGGAGAUCUGCCCUGAGGAGCAGGACAAGCCGAUGCGGGUGGAGAGUGUGGAGCAGCUGGUGGCUGCAGUGAAAGACAGGCAGCGUUAUGCCCUGCUCUGCAGCCAGCUGAGCAAAACCCCUUGUGGGGAGCAGGUUUCCUUGGAUCUGUGUGACAAAGAGAGCGGGAGGCCUCGCUACACCCUGCAUGUGGUUGACAGUGCCUCAGUGAAACCUUCCCGGGACAAUUGCUUCGCCAUCUUCAUCAUCCCACAGGGCAGAGAAACGGAAUGGCUCUUUGGGACAGAGGAAGGGCGGAGGCAGCUGGCCACCAGCGCAGGCUUUGGACGCCUGGUCACGGUGGCCCUGCACAGGGAGCAGCACUACGAGGGCAUGGCCAGCAUCCAGUCGGAGCUAUCGGGGAAGGUGAUGGAGCUGGCCCCACUGAGCCUCCCUGCCCGGCAGCAGGUGCCCUUUUUGUCUGUGGGAGGGGACAUUGGGGUGCGGACAGUGCUGCACCGUGACACCAGCCCCCUGAGCGGGGAGUAUGUUGUGGAGGAUGUGAAGGGGGAUGGCACUCGCUACUUCCGUCGCCUCAUCUUCCUCUGCAACAGGAACGUGGUCCAGUCGGAGGCUCGGCUACUGGCCCCCACCCCUCUCCCAGGCCAGAAGAAACGGAGGAAGGACAAGAAGAAACCCAGCUCUGCUGAGCUGCCUGGAGCCAUUGACAAGAGCUACCUGUGCUGCGAGCACCACAAAGCCAUGGUUGCAGGGCUCUGUCUGCUGGGGGGCCCUGACCCCCUUCCAGGAGCCCUGCUGGCAGUGCUGGUGGUGGGGCUUGGAGGGGGCAGCCUGCCCCUCUUCAUCCAUGACUACUUCUCGCAGGCCUGUGUGGCCGUGGUGGAGAUCGACCCCUCCAUGCUGGAGGUGGCCACACAUUGGUUCGGCUUCUCCCAGGGUGACCGGAUGCGGGUGCACAUCUCUGAUGGCCUAGACUAUGUGGCCAAGCUGGCAGCUGAAGGUACUGUAUCACAGUGCAUCCCACAUUACGAUGCCAUCAUGUUCGAUGUGGACAGCAAAGACCUCACAGUGGGAAUGAGUUGUCCACCCCCAGCCUUUGUGGAAAAACACUUUCUGCAGAAGGUUAAAACCAUCCUCAAGCCAGAAGGAAUCUUCGUGCUCAACUUGGUGUGCCGCGAUGCCUGGCUGAAGGAGUCAGUUCUGGCCACCCUCAGGGAGGUCUUCCCAGUGCUCUAUGUGCGGCGCAUUGAAGGGGAGGUCAACGAGAUCCUGUUCUGCCAGCUCAGCCCUGAGUGCCAGUGGGCCCCCACAGAGCUGAGGGCACGUGCCCGGGUGCUGGAGGGGGCCCUGCGGCAGCCUGGGCGCCCCUGGGACAGCUCGUAUGUGCUGGCGGACAUGCUUCAGGCUGUCAAGAUACUCUGA